AUGAACCCUUAAGCUUAAGUUCAAUAAAUUUUUGAAGAUUUAAUAAGCCUUAAAUAAGGCUGCGAUGAAUAUAUUGUGAAAAUGUGGGAUUUCAAAAAAGAAAUGUACGUAAACACUAAAAUUAAGAUUGAAAUUACACAAAAUAAUAUGAUAAUUUACUCUUAAAAUGGAGUAAUCUUGAGAAUGUAAUAAUUGAAUAUGAUAAAAAGUGAAUAAACUAAUGAUGUCUCAAAGAAUCUAGAAAUUUUAAAAAAUAUUGAGUAGAUCAAAUAUCUUACUUGGUAAGGUUAAAGUGGUUAGAACAACAAGAAAAAUGGUAAAUGGGUUGCUACUUGGAAAGGUGAAGAUAUAAUGAAUGUUGGUGGAUACUUUAUGGAUGGUUUAAAGCAAGGUUUGUGGAUUUAAAUGAUAAAAAAUUAUUGGGAGUAAAUUUUUUUUUUUAAUUUUAUAGUUAAGCCCAAGUUUUUGAAAUUGGAGAAUAUGAAAAUUAUAUAAGAAGAAAUAGAUGGAAUUAUAUUUAUGAUAACAAAAAGAUGUAUUUCUUUUCCAUAUUAUUUAGUAAUGGUGGAUCAUAUAACGUAAAUGGUUAAAAAUAUGGCAAAUGGUUUGAGUUUUGCGAAGGAUUUAGGGAGGAUUGUUAAGUAUUAUAUUUUGGAGAAUAUGAUGAAAAUGGUUAAAAAGUUGGUAUUUGGGAUACUAUGAGGAGGAGAUCUAGCAGCGAUUCUUUUUAAUUGAUGUAAAUUAAAAUAAAAAUGGUAAUAGUGGGGGUGGAAUAUAUGAUUAAAAAGGUAAUUCAAGAAAGAUUGGGAGAUGGAUUGAGUUAAGUGAAUUAUUCAGAUGGGACACUUAAGUCAUUUUUAAUGGAGAAUAUGACAUGAAUGGAGUAAAAGUUGGCUUAUGGGAAAUUUUGUAUAAGCAAACUAAGAAAAAAUUUUUCGAAAAAAUGUAAAAGGAUUAUUUAUUAUUAGUGGUGGAGGGGUAUAUGAUUAAAAAGAAAAUUCAAGAAAAAUUGGGAGAUGGAUUGAGUUGAGUGAAUCUUUUAGAUGCGAUUCUUAAGUCACAUAUAAUGGGGAGUAUAAUAAGAAUGGUAAUAAAAUUGGUAGAUGGGAUAUAUAUUUAAAUUGGAAUGGAGGAAACAAUAGAAUGUAUAUAAUAUUUAUUAAUUAUUAAAGUGGUGGAGGAUUAUAUGAAGAUUAAAAAGGAGUUUAAAUAAAGGUUGGGAGAUGGAUUGAAUUAUUUGAGAAUUUCAAUGAAUAGAAUCAAAUCAAAUAUAAUGGCAUCUAUAAUUAGUAGGGCAAUAAAAUUGGAAGAUGGGAUAUUUUCUAAAGAGAGAAUAGAUAAAAGAAGUUUUGUAAAAUGUAAAACUAUAUUUAUCACAUUAGUGGUGGAGGUGAAUAUGAUGGUUCAUUUAAGAUUGGGAAAUGGAUUGAAAUUUGGGAUGAUUUCGAAUGGAAUAAAUAACUUAUUUAUAAUGGAGAAUAUAAUUUGGAUGGUAAAAAAAUUGGGAGAUGGGAUAUUUUGGAAGUAAUAACUUCACAAGUUUCAUUGUGGUAAUUAAAUAAUUUCAAAUUUUUAGUGGUUGUAUCAACUAUGAUUCAAUUGGAGAAGAAAUUUAUAGAAGCAUUAAGUAUGAUAUAAUUUGAAUUAUAAGUGAUCCCAUUAUUUUUGUAGGGCAAUUUAAAGAUGAAAAAAAAAUUGGCAAAUGGGAUAUUAUGUCUAGAUAAUACUAAGGUCGACCUUUUCAAAAUAUGUAAUUUUAAAUUAUCAUUUUAGUGGGGGCGGUGAAUAUGAUGGUUUGAAUAAAAUAGGAAAAUGGAUUGAAUUAUAGGAUGAUAUCAAUUAGCAUUUAUAAUUCAUUUAUAAAGGAGAAUAUAAUAUGGGAGGUUAUAAAAUUGGAAGAUGGGAUAUUCUGGAAAGAGUAAAUAAUUAAUUUUCAUUGUGGUAAUCAGAUAAUCUGAAUUUUUAGCGGUUGCAUUAACUAUGAUUCUAGUGGAAAUGAGAUUUACAGGAAUGAUAAGUAUAAUACCAUUCAAAUUAUUAGGGAUUCUUUAGUUUUUGUAGGAUAGUUUAAAGAUGAAAAAAAAUUUGGCAAAUGGGAUUUUAUGUAUAAAUAAUAAAAAGGUUAACCUUUUGAGAUUAUGUACCAUUAUUUUAUCAUGUUAGCGGAGGUGGUGAAUAUGAUGGUUUGUAUAAAAUCGGAAAAUGGAUAGAAUUAUGGGAUAAUUUCAGAUAUGACUCCUAAAUUACUUUUAUUGGAAACUAUAAUGAAAAUGGUCAAAAAAUAGGUAAAUGGGAUAUUUUUUAGAAGCAUAAUGGACAAGUUUAACAAAUGUAAUUAGAAAAUAAAUUUAUUUUAGUGGUGGUGGAUCCUAUGAUGUAUAAAAAGGAAGUUCAAUUAAAAUUGGAAGAUGGAUUGAUGUGUCUCAUAGUUUUAGAUAAAGUAAUAAAAUCAAAUAUAAUGGGGAUUAUAAUAAUAAUGGUCAUAAAAUAGGGAAAUGGGAUAUUAUAUAUAGUGGCGCAUAAGAAAAAGAAUAUAAAUUAAUGUACAAAUAGGUUUCCUUUUUUUAGUGGCGGUGGAUUCUAUGAUGAGUCAUCAGAAGUUUCAACAAAAAUUGGCGAUUGGAUUGAGGUUUCUGAGGAAUAUCAGAAACACAAGGAAAUUACUGAUCAUGGAAAGUACGACAAGAAUACAAAAGUUGGAAGAUGGGAUAUAGAGUUUAAGGGGAAUAAAAUGUAUAAUGAAUUAAUUUAUUUUAGUGCGGGUGGAUCAUAUGAAGUAUAUGAGGGAGUUUCAAAAAAGAUUGGGAAAUGGAUUGAGUUGUCAGAAGGUUUCAAUGAGGUUUUAUAAAUUACUUUUCAUGGCGAAUAUGAUUUGAACGAAAAAAAAGUCGGUAGAUGGGAUAGAGAAUUAAAGGGAAAGAAAAUGUAGGAUUGGUUUAAUUAAUUUUAGUGGGGGUGGAUCAUAUGAUGUAUAAGAGGGAGUUUCAAAAAAGGUUGGGAAAUGGACUGAGUUGCCAGAUGGGUUUUAUUAAAUUACAUUUGUUGGCGAAUAUAAUUAGAAUGGUUAAAAAGUUGGUAUAUGGGAUACCGAAUAUUAUGGAUAAAAAAUGUAAAAAAGCUAAGAUUAAAAUUAUUUUAGUGGUGGUGGUUAGUAUGUUUUGCAAGAAGGAAGUUCAAUAAAAUUUGGAAAAUGGAUUGAGUUGUCUAACGAAUUUUAUGCAAAUUCUCAAAUAAUCUAUUGCGGAGAAUAUAAUUUGAAAGGUUAAAAAGAUGGUAAGUGGGAUAUUAUGUAUUGUAAAUAUAAUGAAAAAGAAUUCAAAAAAAUGUAAAAAUUGCAAAUUAAUUUGAUAGUGGUGGCGGAUCAUACAAUGAGUGUAAAGAAGGAUCAAAAAAGAUUGGGAGCUGGAUUGAGUUAAUUGAUGGAUUUGGAUGGAAUGGCAAAAUAACUUAUAAAGGUGAAUAUAAUGAAUUUGGUGAAAAAAUUGGAAUAUGGGUAGAAAUUGAUAGUGAGAAAAAUAAAGUGAAGGAAUUGAGAUAUAAUAAUUGA